AUGCGGAGAACUAGUAGUAGUGCCUGGAGUUUCUCUAGUGACAGCGGUUCUGAAGGGUUUGGAACCCCUUCGAAAUACCCUCGCGGAGAUGAAUGGAAUUCUCCCUUGUUUGGUAAAGAUGGCUUCGCUGUACCGGAGUUUCGAGGGAAUGAGUCACAUAGAGUAUCAUUCGUCGACAGUUCUCCUCUUCGUCGUCUUUCAGACAUUCACUCUACCCGCCCGCUUUCACCUCUUCAUCCCGAGUCUCGUCUGUCGUCCGCUGGCUCUUCCCCAAUCAAAUUCAACACAUUUCCCUUCAAUCGUCCAGCCAGUCCUCUGCCGAACUCGUCUUUUUUUAGCGAUGUCGAUGAUGACAACGACGACGAUGUCGUGCUUGAUUAUGGCAUCAAGGAGGAGACAGGUCGUUUCGAGCACGAGUUCAUCGUCGAAGAUACUCUUGGCGCAGGGUCAUUUGGCCAGGCGUAUCGUGUGAGGUCUCGCGCAACUACCGGAAAUGUGAAGCUCAAGCUGUAUGCAAUCAAAAAGAGCAAGCGUUAUGAAGGCCCUAGGCACAGACUUCGUUUACUUGAGGAGUUCGAUGCUCUGCGCCACCUUUCGUCCAAAACCACCUCACGUCGCUCCCGUUCGCUGUCACUUUCUCAACCCUCUCCCUCUCCCUGCGAACCGCCGAAUGCCAAUAUCCUCCAGUUUGUGCAUGGAUGGGAACAAGACUCAAUGUUAUUCAUUCAAACAGAAUUAUGUGAGUUUGGUAAUUUGGCGGAUUUCUUGUUCGAGUUUGGCGCGAAAUUUGCGAGACUGGAUGAACCGAGGAUAUGGAAGAUUAUGUCUGAAGUUGGCAACGGCAUACUCCACAUCCAUCACCAAAACAUCAUUCACCUCGAUCUCAAACCUGAAAAUAUAUUUAUUACGAUGGAAGGCCGUCUCCGUAUUGGCGAUUUUGGCAUGGCAUCUCGCUGGCCACGCCCUGCGUCGUUUGGAGACGGAAGCGAGGGAUUAGACCGUGAGGGUGACCGGGAGUACAUGGCUCCAGAGAUUCUCAAGGGGAGGUAUGGUCCGGAAGCUGAUAUUUUCAGCUUUGGGAUGAUCAUGCUUGAAUGCGCCGGCAACAUCGUAGUCCCUGAUAUGUACGUCUUCUGUUUGGCUGUUGAUCCUAAAUAA